AUGCGGCAACGCAUUCUUAUCUUUGGUGCGGAUGUUAUUCUGAUACCAGAUCCCAUUGUCAUCAUGGCCGAUGUCAUGAUGAUCGCACCUGGACAUUAUGAAGCCCGUGAAUUGGGAGCUGCGUUGGUGUAUGACAUUCACUCGAACAUUGUGGAUAUGGCACCAAUGAUCAAUCCAUGGAUGGGUCUCCCGUUGGUUCAACGGGCACUUCACUGGCUGCACAAAGAAAUGCUCAAAUACGCAAACAUGGUGCUUGUAAUCUCAGAACAGCAGGAGAAGCACCUUCGUGAUGAGACUGGGUCGCAGAGCUUUACUCCAUCCACAAUGAUUGGGUCGCACUGUGAUGUAACUUUCACAUGGGUGGGGCGGUUAUCAAAGGAGAAAUAUAUUGGUGAAGUCCUUAAUGCCACAUCAGGACUGUUGAAAGGCAACGGCAGUUGGCAGAAUACAUGCUUGGCAGUGGCGGGACCAGAUCAGGGAGAGCUAAGUGUGUUGCAGCACUAUGUGCAAGAACAUCCGAAAAAUAUAUUCUACAUGGGCAAUCUUGAACAAUCCGAAGUGGGGACUUUGCUGCAGGCAUCGGAUGCCAUGCUCUUUGUUGGAGGUGUGGGUGAGACACUUGCGCGCGUUGUCACUGAUGCCCUGGGCUGCCAUACUCCUGUGGUUGCCGUUGCCACUCCUCAAUCUACGUGGUGGCAGAACCGGGAGGAUCUCCCUCAUGUGGAUCUCACAGUAUCGUCCGAUGCUGUCAAGGAGCUGAUGGAUCGCAUGACAGCAUUUUCUACCAGUGCUGGUGGUCUGCAUGAUGCAUUAGUUGCAGGUGCGGCCCAUUCAGCUCCAAACCAGAUUAGCGAGAGGGAGGCGGUUGCACACAAACUGAUGACUCUGGACUCGGUGUAUGGUGGAUUCAGUAGGUGA